CAAUCAAACACGCCCACAGUGUACUCUCCGCUCAACUCUUUCCUUAUCCACACACACUCACACAGAAAUGGCUUCCAUGAAUGCUAUCUCCACCGCCUCGAUCCUCACUUCUCCCAAACUGGGGAAUUUGAGGAGUAGGAGAGUGAAUCAACUACUGCAAGGUCAAAAGAUGAAUUAUAAUGGGGAGUCCUCGAGCCGGCGGUUUGUGGUGCGAGCUGCUGUGAAGGAGAUCGCAUUUGACCAGAGUUCGAGGUUUGCUCUUCAGGCAGGCAUCGAUAAGCUUGCUGAUGCUGUUGGCCUCACUCUUGGUCCUAGAGGGUAUCUCAACUGAUAAAAUACUUGAUGUAAGGAGGCUGCUAGCAGUCAAUGUAGACACAUGCCACCUCACCAACUAUUCUCUAUGCCAUGAGGUUAAAGGACAUAGAUUGAAUGAUAGGUUGGAGGUUGUUUCUCUAAAGCCCUGUUUGCUGAGGAUGGUUGAAGGUAGGUUAUGCUCAUAGUCCAAUAUCUACGAGUCUGGAUCCCCUCCAGCCUUUCCUCCUGUCAAGGGCCAAGAUUUGGCCACGUCACCAGGAUCAAAACCUGCGGCUCAGAUCAAGCUUGGUUUAAAAAAAAAAAAAAGUUGAAUUGUUUUUUAUUCAACACAGAACCAGAACUUCUCUCCCUUCUCUCCCUUUCACUUUUUCUCUCCUCCCUCUUCGAAGCUCAGAUCAAGUUUGGUUUUAAAAAAAAAAAAAAAAAUUGAAUUGCUUUUCAUUCAACACAGCAGCAGAAUCCUCCAACAUUUAACUAUAUCCAAUUUCAUGAAUAAAAAACCAUUUCAGACUACAAAGGGAGCAAAUUUCAGACUACAAAGUGAGUCAAUUUAAUGAAUAAAAAAA